AUGACUUUCAAGCACAGGAAUGGUGGACGCAACAAGCACGACCGUGGCCACGUCAAGUUUAUUCGCUGCUCUAACUACGGUAAAUGCUGCCCAAUCAAGAGGUUCCUCAUGCAGAACAUUGUUGAGCAAGCUGCAGUUAGAGAUGUCCAAGAAGCUUGUGUCUACGAUCAAUAUUUUCUUCCCAAGCUGUAUGCAAAGAUGCAGUAUUGUGUUUCUUGUGCGAUUCACUCUCACGUUGUGAGGGUAUGCUCUCGCACUAAUAGAAGAAACCGUGAACCACCACAGCUCUUCAUCAAGCGCAGGGAUGAUCAACAAAUGCCAGGUCAGCCAAGUCAAGCACCUCGUCUUGUUGGAGCUAGGAAUCUCGUCUGUGCUUAA